AUGGUCGCCAUUACGGGACGUCGAAAGUGCACAAGCAGAGGUUCAAUCGAAUUCGGGUGUUCAGUUCCGAUUUUUUCAUGUUGAAACCCUUCCAAAUAUGUACUUUUCCGGGUGAAUUCUGUGGACCGUGUCACAGGCAAUCGUUUGCGGAUAAUCUAGAGUGUGGACGGCUUCGAUUCGGUGCCAAAAUCGGUCAGUGGAAAUCGGGUGCUCAUUUUUCUCGUACAGAGUGCAGGAAAGACACUCGUGACUAGCGUUGUGUUAUUACCAGGAAGAAAAGAAAACAAUAGAUUCUUCCCGAAAUUUAUCCACUGAGGAAGGCCAAUGCAGAGUAAAAUAAUGAAUUUAAUCGACACCGUGCGAAUCAUUCAUAAAUCAUCACCGUCGGCCGUCACCAACACCGAAGCAAUGUACCGUCAUCGUCGUUGCCAUCACCAUAAUCACUGAGAGACUGCUGAAAGUGAAGUAUCGGUAGGCCCACCGCCGUAACAACGCACCAGGAAAGUGUUAGAAAAACAAAAGAAGAAAUCCUUUUCCACAGUCGUUGCGAUUCGUGGUCCAUUGUGUUGCGUUUCAAGUGCAUGAGCUGAGGCGAAGAUAAGCGGAAUCGCGGAGUCACGCGCCGUAGGUUUGGCGAAAGAGAAAAAAAACUCGCAAAUUUUCGGUACAGCGUUGGUGUUUGUGUGUGCGAAAAUAGAUAAAAAGAAGCAGAAUCGCAGAAUCAAAUUGAUUGGUAAUCAAAUCAUAAGAUACCGAAAAUAAGCAAGUGCUACUGUGGAGAAGAGAAGCCAAAAACCAGAGUAACGUCACAAAGAAGAGACGGGUAGUGCGAUUGAGUGGUAGAAGCGUGGGUGAGGGUGGAGGAAAAAUCGAGCAGAUUUUCCUCAUUCUGCCAUCACUGACUGGAAACCACAGCUGGUUGGAUCUGUCUCCCUUCGCUGUUGUCGUCGUCGUCGUCGUCGUCGCAGUAGCAGUGUUCGCGUGCGACGCAGGCAAAAUCGUCUACACGGGGAAGGAGAUAGUAUAUCGAGAGGAGUCCAGUAGGAGAUAGGAAAUUUGCUGCCAAAAUGAGCCGAAUUUCAACACAGAAAAAGGAAGGCAAGAUGCGGAUUCGGGCAUUCCCGAUGACUAUGGACGAGAAGUACGUCGAGUCCAUCUGGUCGCUGCUGAAGAAUGCCAUCCAGGAGAUUCAGAAGAAAAACAACUCGGGUCUUUCGUUCGAGGAGCUGUACCGCAAUGCGUACACCAUGGUCCUGCACAAGCACGGUGAACGGUUGUACACUGGGCUCAAGGACGUCGUUACACAGCACUUGGAGACGAAGGUACGGGAUGAGGUGCUGCGGAGUUUCAACUGCAACUUUCUGCAGACGCUCAAUCAGUCGUGGAACGAUCACCAGACGUCGAUGGUGAUGAUCCGGGAUAUUCUGAUGUACAUGGACCGGGUGUACGUGCAGCAGAACGACGUGGACAAUGUGUAUAACCUAGGGCUGAUUAUAUUUCGUGAUCAGGUCGUUCGCUAUGGUCGGAUUAGAGAUCACAUGAGAGAGACACUGUUGAAUAUGGUUAUGUGCGAGCGGAAGGGCGAAGCAAUUGAUCACAUUGCGAUCAAGAACGCCUGCCAAAUGUUGAUGGUUCUCGGUAUCAACAGCCGUUGGGUAUACGAGGAGGACUUUGAGCGGCCGUUCCUGACCCAGUCGGCAGCCUUCUAUAAGCUUGAAUCUCAGAAGUUCCUCUCGGAGAACAGCGCCAGUGUUUAUAUCCGACGGGUCGAGGCACGCAUCACCGAGGAAGCCGAACGGGCAAAACUGUAUCUGGACGAGAGCACGGAAUGUCGGAUCGUGGAGGUAGUAGAGGACGAGCUCAUCAAGAAACACAUGCGCACGAUUGUGGAGAUGGAAAAUUCCGGUGUGGUGUACAUGCUGAAAAAUACAAAGACCGAUGAUCUGGCUUGCAUGUACAAGCUGUUCUCCCGGGUCAAUGGUGGAUUGAAAACUAUUGCCGAUUGUGUGUCGCAGCACUUGCGUUCGAUGGGCAAGAAUUUGGUGAAGGAAGAAGACAGCGGAACCAAUCCGAUUACGUUCGUGCAAAAUCUAUUAGAUCUGAAGGAUCGAUUCGACCACUUCCUGCACCACUCGUUCAACAAUGACAAAAUCUUCAAGAACAUGAUUUCGUCCGAUUUUGAACAUUUCCUCAACUUGAACAGCAAAUCGCCGGAAUAUUUGUCACUGUUCAUCGACGACAAGCUGAAGAAGGGAUGCAAGGGGAUGUCCGAGCAAGAAAUUGAAACGAUAUUGGAUAAAACGAUGGUAUUAUUCAGAUAUUUACUAGAGAAGGACGUGUUUGAGCGAUACUACAAGGCACAUCUAGCGAAACGAUUGCUACUGAAUAAGUCGGUCAGCGAUGAUUCGGAGAAGAAUAUGAUAUCUAAAUUAAAGACUGAAUGCGGUUGUCAAUUUACCUCAAAAUUGGAAGGCAUGUUCAAGGACAUGUCGGUGUCUAAUACGGUGAUGGAGGAAUUCAAGAAUCAUAUUAGCAACGAUCCAACCAACGCUCUGGAUGGAGUAGAGCUAUCGGUGCGAAUUCUCACCACCGGCUUUUGGCCCACGCAGUCAGCGACGCCAAACUGUAACAUACCGCUUGCGCCCAGGCGAGCAUUCGAAACGUUCAAACGUUUCUAUCUGGCUAAGCACUCUGGACGACAGUUAACGCUACAACCACAGCUAGGCACAGUUUACAUGAACGCAGAAUUCUACGGUGUCAAAGUGGUGGUCGAAAAGGAACCCGCAGAAGGUGGUUGCAGUAGUACUGCUCCCGCUACUACCGGAUCGUCGGCUCCGCCUAUGGCCACCGGUGCUCCCAGAAAGCACGUCCUACAGCUCUCCACUUAUCAGAUGUGCGUUCUGAUGCUAUACAACAACCGGGAACGUCUGACGUACGACGAGAUUCAACAGGAAACGGACAUCCCCGGUAAGGAUCUGAUCCGGGCGUUGCAGUCACUGUCGAUGGGCAAACAGCAGCAGCGGUUGCUGGUGCGAACACCCAAGACGAAAGACAUCGAGCCGACGAAUACGUUCUACGUGAACGAUGCCUUCGUGUCGAAAUUCCACAAAGUUAAAAUCCAAACGGUAGCGGCCAAGGGCGAGUCGGAACCGGAACGGAAGGAAACACGCAGCAAGGUGGACGAAGAUCGAAAACAUGAGAUCGAGGCGGCGAUCGUAAGAAUAAUGAAGGCGCGAAAGAAGAUGGCUCACAAUCUGCUGGUGUCGGAUGUGACCACUCAGCUGAAGAGCCGGUUCAUGCCCUCGCCGGUGAUCAUCAAGAAGAGAAUAGAGGGUCUGAUCGAGCGCGAGUAUCUGGCACGAACGCCCGACGAUAGGAAGGUCUACGUCUAUUUAGCUUAAAACCGCUAGCCGAACUGGGUUGGGAGUUGAA